ACGAAUCUAGCAGACUCGACGAAUUUCAUAUCCCUCCCCAUUUGAUGAUCUUGCCGCCAUCGCAGCCAUGGUGUCCGUCGCGCGCCUGCUGUCGGCAACGGUGUUCGCGGUGCUGACGAUGGUGCAGGCGCUCGGACUGCUCUUCAUGAUCUACUGGAAGCACGAGCUCGCCUUCCGCCCGCCCCCCGUCACCGACACGGACGGCAUUCUCGCGGAAUUCAAGCCCGCGUGCCUCGAGUCCGAGAGUGACUGUCCGGUGCUGGGCAAGGGCUUCUUCUUCGGGCUCGCCACGGCGCCUGCACACGUGGAGGACCAGCUGGACGACGCGUGGCUGCGCUUCGCUCGGCGCGGCGGCAACGAGGAGGCGGACCGAGGCCCGGUGCGCGCGUGGCACAACGUGCCCCAGGCGGAGCAGCGUCUGCGCUUCUGGAGCGAGCCCGAGGUGGAGGUGGAUCUGGCGGCGGGGGCGGGCGUCGAGGCGUUCCGCAUGGGCGUCGACUGGGGAAGGGUGGUGCUGCAGGCGCCGCAGGGGGGCGAGAUGGAGAUCGACCAUGCGGCGGUGGCGCGCUACAAGGAGAUCAUGGCGGCGGUGCGGGCGAGGGGCAUGCGCGUCAUGCUCACGCUCUUCCACCACUCGCUGCCCACCUGGGCCGAGCCCCUGGGCGGCUGGACCAACGCGUCCCUCGUCGCCCACUUCGACGCCUGGACCAAGGUGGCGGUGCGGGAGUUCGGCCCGCUGGUGGACUACUGGGUGACGUUCAACGAGCCGCACCUCUUCGUCAUCCUCACCUACUGCAUGGGCGUCUGGCCGCCCGGCAAGCGCCCCACCCUGCUGCAGUCCGCGCUCUGCAUGUCGCCCGUGGGGCAGUACAGCCAGGCCAUGCGCCACAUCGGCGACGCCCACAUCGCAGCCUUCAACACCAUCAAGAAAGGCAGGAGCAGGGCGCCGGUGGGCAUAGCAGCGAACACGGCGUUCAUGACGCCCUUCAGUGCACUGGACGUGGUGGUGCCGCUGUACAUUGACUGGAUGACGCUCUUCCCCUGGGUCGACCACAUCCAGCACCACCUCGACUUCUGCGGUCUCAACUACUACGGCCAGGAGUUCAUGUCGGUGGCGGGCAUGCAGAGCGUGGGCGAGGAGGAGUUCUCAGAGGCGGGGCGCGCCGUGUACCCGGACGGCUUCUACCGCAUCCUCAUGGCCUUCCACCACCGCUACUCGCCCACCCACCCCAACCUGCGCUACAUCGUCACCGAGAACGGCUUCGCCGACACCCAGGACAACAUCCGCCGCCCGUACCUGAUCGAGCACCUGCUGGCGCUGAACGCCGCCAUCAAGGAGGGCAUGCCGGUGGACGCGUACUUCCACUGGACCAUCAGCGACAACUGGGAGUGGGCGGAUGGCUACUGCCCCAAGUUCGGCCUGGCGGGUGUGGACCGCGCGUCGCCCAACCUCACGCGCGUGCUGCGCCCCUCCUACACGCUCUUCAAGGAGAUCGUGGAGUCGCGGCGGGUGACGGCACAGCAGCGGCAGGAGCAGUGGCAGCAGCUGCAGCAGCGGGCUGGGAAGGGGGAGGAGCGCUCCUUCUGCCGUGCCGUGGAGCCCACCGGCCGCAUGGGGGCAGACUCCCUGGACUCAGCCACCACGCGGCGCACGGCCUCCAAGGACUGGCGCUUUGGCGAGUACCGACGGCCCAAGGCGGCGGUGAUGGUGAAGCGCACGGAGAGGGUGCUGCGCAUCUGGCUGAGCGACCUGCUGGUGGCUGCUCAGCAGGCCUGGGAUGCUGCCAACUCGCUUCUGUGCCGCCUCAUGCAUGGCCCGCAUCACCAGCAGCACCAUGGUGCAAAGCAGCAGCCGCACAAGCAUCACCAGGGAGCGGACAUCAAGAUGCCCAGCAGUGCUGCCAAGAAGGCUGCAAGCGCUGCGUCUGCUUCAGCAGACAAGGAUGAGCUCUAGGUGUCAAUCUGCGUGCAGUGGAAGCCAUUCCUCUCGUGGCUUUGUGUGUGUGGUAGGGGGGGGGGCUCAUGGCAGAGGUGCUAAAUAAGGAAACGCACUCAUGGUACCAGUAGGGUGUCAGAAUGGAGACUUUUCGAUUUCGUAAACCCAACAACCUUUGCGACAUCAUGCAACCUUAGCACCGUCUGCCGGUGUGACGGCAGUGCUGUGCUUAUCAUUCUGCUGAUCUGAAGUAGGAUUCUGUAGCCCUUGUGCAUAUGCUCAAAUCCUAGGGUGAGGUGGAGAAUGUGGAAUGGAUGGAUGCCAAAUGGCCGCCA